UAAUUUCGCACGUCUGAUUUGCCGAAACAACGACCUCCAGGCGUUGUUCGUUAAACUCCAAACCAGAAAAAGUUAGAAACUUGGAUCAGCAGAGGGAGAAAGCAAUGGAGUCGCCAUUCAAGGCGGAGUUACUGAAGGGAAAGGUGGCCUUGCUGACCGGAGGAGCAUCAGGAAUCGGGUACGAGAUUUCGGUUCAGCUGGGCAAACAUGGAGCUUCGGUUGCCGUCAUGGGCCGUCGUAAGCAUGUCAUUGACUCUGCCGUCGAAGCCCUUCGUUCUCAAGGCAUUUCUGCUAUCGGAUUUGAGGGCGACGUGCGAAAAAGAGACGAUGCAGCUCGAGUUUUGGAAUCGACACUGAAGCAUUUUGGUAGGCUUGACAUCCUUGUGAAUGCUGCAGCCGGAAAUUUCCUUGUCCCGUCCGAGGAUCUAUCCCCGAACGGGUUUCGAACAGUUAUAGACAUAGACGCCGUUGGCACCUUCACAAUGUGUCACGAAGCGCUCAAGUAUCUUAAGAAAGGGGCAUCAGGGAAGAACUCGGCUGCUGGUGGAUCGAUAAUAAACAUAAGCGCGACGUUGCACUACACAGCUACUUGGUAUCAGAUUCAUGUGUCUGCAGCAAAGGCAGCCGUCGACAGCAUUACGAGAAGCUUGGCGUUGGAGUGGGGCACAGACUACGAUAUUAGAGUGAAUGGUAUCGCACCAGGACCUAUCGAAGACACUGCCGGUUUCAGUAAACUUUUACCUCAGGAGAUGCUGAGCAAACCCAAAGAGCAGAUUCUUGUAUCCAAACUGGGGAAGAAAUGGGAUAUUGCUAUGGCCGCUCUAUAUCUUUCAUCCGAUGCAGGAAAAUACAUCAACGGAACAACGUUGGUUGUAGACGGGGGAGAGUGGCUGACCAAACCGGCGUAUUUUCCGAAGGAGGCAGUGAAGCAACUUUCCCGAGCUGUGGAGCGAAGGUCUAGAGACAAACCAGUUGGUGUUGCUAAGAGCAAGCUUUAAACAGUCCCAUUUCGCGAGCCAUGUUUUCGAUAAACAUCAGAAUAAUUUCAUUGCCAAAGUGAAUUCCCUGUGGAGAACUUGGAAAGAUUCAUGGCCACAACUUAUAAAUGUAACAUUAGUUAUAAGCAGGUGCCAGUCAAACAGUAGAGAUUGAAGAGAAGAACAAACUUGAUCAUGUAAUAAUAUUUAUUGGGGAGGCUGGAUUAUUGAUAUGCUGAUAUCUCUUUGUAAUCGGAAAAUUUAUAUGAUUUGCCAACAAA